AACUUGUACUUAUAUCAUUUUGAGAUAUUUUCAACUAUCUGCGGAUAGUUGUUCACUAACCAGCAAUGAAAUCAAUAUUUCAUUAACCCGGCUGGAGGGAAGUUUUUCGUUGUGGAAAAAAACGAACGGAACCCAACCAGGGAAAAUGUCAGAAGACACCCGAGAGCAGGCCUCUAUUCCCCAACUGCCUCCCAACUCCACCCCCGAUUCAAACUCCUCUCGAGUUGGAGAGCAGGCAAGUCGGCAAAGCAACCAGCGCCGAAUUCAGCAACGAAAACAGCAAGUUUUCGCCUGGCCCCAGUCAAAAAAAUUGAUAAAACUCGCCAACUACUGUGCCUGUCAGGAAGAUGCCUGUAAAUGCAUCGGUUGGCGCGUCAAUCAACCCAUUGUCAAAUCCCCAAAAACCGAUUCCUCCAUCGGCACCGUCGCCACCUUCUCCGACCCGUGUCGCUCCUGUUCUCACCCUCUCGAGAAACACGUCUACCACCUCCUGCAGGAGAGCGACGACGAAAUCAACAAACUCCUCGGAAUGGUGGUCGACGUCGACAACAUUUUCAUGAGCAUGCACAGCGAGAAAGACCCGGACACGAAAAAGGUCUACUACUACCUCUGCAAGCUCCUCCGCAAGGCGAUCCUCUCGCGUAGCAAACCCGCGAUUGAAGGACCUCUAGGUCAGCCCCCUUUCGAGCGAACGAGCAUCGAAAAAGCCGUGACGAACUUUGUCGUUCUGAAAUUCGGCCACCUGUCUCAUCAGGAGUGGCAAGUAAUGCACGACCUCGCCAAGAUGUUCCUCCAUUGUCUGAACCACUGGAACUUCGAAACCCCGAGCGCCUUGCGCAACACAAUUCCUGCUGAUGAGGCUCCCGCCUACAAAAUCAACUACACCCGCUGGCUCGUUUUCUGUCAGGUGCCGGCCUUCUGCGACUCUCUGCCGCACUACGACACGACCCGCGUUUUCGGCCGGACUCUUCUCCGCGCCGUCUUCAAAUCCGUUUGUCGACAACUGAUGGACAAGUGUCACAGCGAGCGGGACAGAAUGUCGCCGGAGAAACGCGUCUUCGUCUUCACCCACUUUCCGCGAUUUCUCUCGAUGCUCGAGGAAGAACUCUACUCGGAGAGUUCGCUUAUCUGGAGUCCCGAGUUCAAUCAGGCGCCGCCCUCGCAUCUGCAGAGUUUCGAUGACGGGGAUCAGCGGGAUUUCGAGAGAUUGUACACAUCCGGGGAGAGUUGUGGCUUGAAGAGGCCACUCGACAAGAGAGGCGAGGUGAGAAUUGACGCGAAGAAGAAGCGAAACGAGGAGCCGUUCGAGGAUCUUCCGGGUGAUAUUAUCGCGGAAAUUGUCGCGAGGAUCGACGAUCCGAACUAUAUGUGUGGACCGGAUGCGGUCUUCUCGACGAAUGUGCCGAGGGAUGAGACCGCGAAGAUGGAGGAGAGCAGAAAAGUGAUUGAGUUCCAUGUGGUCGGCAAUAGUUUGACGCAGCCGGUAUCGAAGCAGACGAUGCUCUGGCUGAUCGGGCUGCACAACGUCUUUUGUCAACAGCUUCCUAAAAUGCCUAAGGAGUAUAUUUCGCAGUUUGUCUUUGAUCCGAAGCACAAGACGCUUGCACUGAUCAAGAGUGGAAGGCCGAUCGGGGGAAUUUGUUUCCGGAUGUUCCCCUCGCAGGGAUUCACGGAGAUUGUUUUCUGCGCGGUGACCAGUCAGGAACAGGUGAAGGGAUAUGGAACGCAUCUGAUGAAUAUGCUCAAGGACUAUCACAUCAGGAAGAAUAUUUUGCACUUUUUGACCUUUGCGGAUAAGUACGCAAUUGGGUACUUCAAGAAGCAGGGAUUCAGCAAGAAUAUUAAACUGCCGAGGCUAGUUUAUCAGGGGUAUAUCAAGGAUUAUGAGGAUGCGACUCUGAUGCAUUGCGAACUGAAUCCGAAGAUUGUUUAUACGGAAUUCUCGGCGGUGAUUAGGAAGCAGAAGGAUAUUAUUAAGAAGCUGAUUCAGCAGAAGCAUCAGGAGAUACAGAAAAUUCAUCCUGGGUUGACUUGCUUCAAGGAGGGAGUUCGAGGAAUUCCGGUUGAGGCAAUUCCAGGGAUUUGUGAGACCGGCUGGAAGAGUUACGGCCAGACAAGGACAAGAGGCAUUGCCAAAACUGUCCAGGGCCAAGAGCCCGUCGAGGCUUGUUUGGACGUGAAAAAUUCGUUGUACAACGGACUGAAAGAAGUGCUCAACAGCGUGAAAAAGCAGAGCACCGCCUGGCCUUUUUUGAAACCAGUCGACAAAGACGAAGUCCCGGACUAUUACGACCACAUAAAGUAUCCCAUGGAUCUGAAAACUAUGACUGAUCGUCUCAAGGACGGAUAUUAUGUGAGUCGAAGACUCUUUAUCGCCGACAUGACAAGAAUCUUCACGAAUUGCAGGUUUUACAAUAGUCGAGAGACUGAAUAUUUCAGGUGUGCCAACACUCUGGAAAAAUAUUUUCAGACAAAAAUGAAAGAAAUUGGACUUUGGGACAAGUAGAUUGGUGGAUUUUCUUUAUUAUUUUUUUCUUCUUCAAAAAUUGACUAAGUUGUAGGCGGCGGAUUGUUUUUGAAACAAUUCUGCCAAUUUUUGUUUGUUAAAAUAUUGUUUUUUGUUAUUAUUAGCCUCGGAAUUUGUGUGCAAACUUUUUUUUUUGGAAAAGCUUUAUUUUUAGGUUUCAAAUCUAGAGUGAUCAAAACUUGAAAAGUUUUUAUUUAAUGAGAUUAUUUUGAGCGCCGGAUGUGUUGAAAUUGAUUUUUUUUCUUUUUUCAAGAAAUCUAUAGUUUCUUUUUUAAU